ACUAACGCCGCACAUUUUCCACUCGUUAACGUCCACGUUAGCGCCAGAUGAACAGCUUCUCCAUUUUUAUUUGACAUUCCGGCACUCGCCAUGUGUUACUCGCUCAGUCACAAAUGUUUAUGUACUUUUUCAUGGUCUGUCAGACUUUUGUUUGUAGGCUGGUUAGCUAACUAGCAAAGUCCAUUGUGGUUAGCCACAGCUGGUUAGCUUCUUUCUCACUUGGUGCUUUGAGCUUUCCUCCAUGUUGUUGUUUUUCUCUUAUCCAUCUGUCAUGUUGACAACUGGUAUGCCAAUGAAAAUACCACGAUGCAUGCUACGAUUAUUGGUGACAUAGUGAUAAGCAAACAUGGACGCAGGUGAAGACCAAAACACGGGCACCACCAAUGGAAAUCCUCAAACAGGCGGCAACUCUCGUGCACCCCAGAUAGCCCACAUGUCUCUAUAUGAAAGGCAGGCUGUACAGGCUCUUCAAGCACUACAAAGACAGCCAAAUGCUGCUCAGUACUUCCAGCAGCUCAUGCUGCAGCAGCAGAUCAAUAGUGCCCAACUCCAGAACUUGGCUGCUGUGCAACAGGCCACGCUUGCAGCUAGUCGUCAGUCCAAUACUCCAAGCAACAGCAUGUCCCAGGCCACCACCACAGUCAACCUAAGCACUACAUCUGCGGGAGGUACCAUGACUAAUCCCCGUCCCCACGGCCCGGCCACAUCUGCAACGACAACAGCUCUCAACCAGUCAGUGUUGCUGGGUGGAAACUCUGCGGGACAGGGACAGAUGUAUCUUCGGGUCAACCGCUCUCUCAGGGCUCCCCUUGCCUCUCAGCUCAUCUUCAUGCCUGGUGGUACAGCAACAGCUACUGUAGCAACAGUUGCCCAAACACAGCCGCAGCAGCAGCAGCAGCAACAACAGCAGCAGCAGCAGCAACAACAACAACAACAGCAACAGCAACAGCAGCAACAGCACGACAUUGCUCCUACAACUGCAAGUGCCCAGUCCGACAGUGAUCAGGUGCAAAAUCUGGCCCUGCACUGUGCUCCCAGAGCAGUUGCUGUCAAGUCUGAGCUUCCAGAGAGGAAAGAUGUUGCUGGGUUUCCUCUGGGUCAACAGCAGCAGAAUUUUGCCCAGAGAACUCAACAGCAGCAGGUGCAACCUCAACAGCAACAACAAAUGGCCAAACCCAACUUUACUCAGCAGUCCACCGCAAACACUAUGACUGUAAAGACUGGAAACCAGGCUGCCAUGACUGUUACUCCCGCUGCUUCUGUAGCUCCUUCCUCUACCUCCUCUCCAGCACUCCCUCUCUCCCAACUCCUCCUGUCCUCCUCUGCUGCCCCUGUGAUCCUGGUACCCACCACUAAUGUUCCCACCACCACCCAGGGCUACUCCAUCGGCUCAGUGACCCAGAAAGCCACUGUUAAUACGCAGACUCUGGUGGUGCAACCCCUACAGCAGGCCAGCACUACUGCAGACAAAGGUCCGGUGCCAAUCCAGCCCAAAACAGCUCAGGGACACCGCUUACCUGUGCAGCUACCCCCUCGACACCCACCUCCUAUUCUCCCAGCACCACCUGGCAACAGCCAGGGCACUCCCCACAUCCCUGUGCAGCUUGUGGGAGCCAGGCAGGGCUUAGCAGGAAAUGCACAGGCUGUGGCCCUGGCACAGGUACGAAGUGGCACAAGCCAGGAAACCACCGGGAAUGUUAAUGCAGUCUCCAGCAACAGUGUUAUGAUAAAGCCUGCCAUUGGUUCUCUGAAGAGAAAAUCUGACUGUGAUGCACCAAGUGAGAUGGCAACAGAAUGCUCUGACUCUACACCCGUGAAAGAUUCUGCUCCUCCCUUAUCCCCUGCCCCUACAAAGGACUCGGCUCCUUCUGCAGCGGCUGCCUUCCCGUCUCCUCCCACCCUGUCUUUGCCUCUGCCCUUGUCAAGAGUGGGGCUUGGAGACAACAGAGCACCUGUUCCCCAGGCAGUGGUCAAACCUCAAGUCCUCACCCACCUCAUAGAGGGCUUUGUGAUCCAGGAGGGAGCUGAGCCUUUCCCUGUUGCUGGACUCCUCAAAGACAGAGAUUUUGCCCUGGUCGGCCGCUCAGAGAAUGGACCUCCAUUGUUGAAGUGUGAGUACUGUGGAAGCCUUGCACCAGCCAGCCAGUUCAGAGGAUCAAAGAGGUUCUGUUCAAAUACCUGUGCUAAGAGGUAUAACGUGAGCUGCAGCCAACACUUUAAGACAAGCAGAGGGAGGAGUGGUGCUGGCCCAGCACCACCUCCAGCACCCACCGAGAGCACUGCAAGGCGGAGGGGCCCCUCUCGCAGGAGCAGUUCUAAUAACAGCUGUAACAAACUAUCAAGCAGGCAUCUACCUGUCAAGUGUCACUCUGAGUCCAGUCGUUCAGAGGAUGUAUCCAGCGACGGAGAAGGAGAGGAGGACGAUUCUCCUUCACUGUCCCCGAGCUCCUCACACUCCUGCUCAAGAGCUGAGCACAGCGCUCCUCCAUCUGACAGCUCAGCUCCUGGUAGCCUCCCGAUAGAGGGAGCUAACUUUCUCUCAUCAACUCCUGCUCAGUGGAGCGUGGACGAAGUCUGCCGGUUUAUCUCUUCACUUCAAGGUUGUGAAGAGUUGGCUGCCCAGUUCCUGUCACAGGAAAUAGACGGGCAGGCUCUGAUGCUUCUCCGAGAGGACCAUCUCAUCUCCACCAUGAAUAUCAAGCUGGGUCCCGCUCUCAAGAUCUGUGCCUCCAUCAACAGCCUGCGUGAGUGAUGGAGUCAGUGCUUAUGAAGGACAGCAGGCUCAUUUUCUCAUUGAUGAAUCAGUACCUGGACCUGCUCCUCUUUUAGUAAGAAAAGACUGAGAUCAGUGAGGAUGCUUUUUACUAAACAGUGCGGCGCCAUCACUCAUAUGGAUAUAUGGGGAUGGACAGUUUACUUUCUGGACGUUGAAUGUGCAAAAACAAUGUAUGUAUACUGUAACAUGUGAGCGGUGAGGGUGGACAGUCUGAAAAAUCCAUGUCAGUAGUGUUUUGUCAGUUUUUUUUUCCUGUCUCUGAGUAGAGGCCUUUUGUAUGUAAACUCUUGUGAAACUGUGCAAACCCAGCCUGCAGUACUUGGUGCUAGGUCUUUUAACUAGGACAGCUCACCUGUUGGGUUAAAUAGAAAGAUAUGUUGCCUUCUGGCUGUAUUUCAAACGGUGCUUUAACUUUAGUGAUAUAUGAUUUGGAGUGAUGUCAAAAAACUUCUUUCAAAUCUUUCAGUCUUUUACUAGUUAGUUGUUAUUUUACCAUAGAUGUCUAAUCCAGGCUCCAAUCACAUCAAGCAGAAGACACUCAAAAAGCCUGGUUUAUAUUAAUUAGUUAAUUUUACUAGUUAUUAAAGUUUAGUUUUAUAUCUUUUCCAUUUUGUACUACAAUCAAAGUUAUUUUUUCAUGAAUAUGAUAUAGUUUUAGUAGCUUUAAUCAACUUAACUACCUGAAAAUAGGUAUUCCUCAUGGUUUGCUCUCUCAAGGGCUGAGUGGAAGUGCUCUGUGUACAUGUAUGCAGUACUACCAAUAAACAAUACCUGUUACUGGA